CCCUUCGCCUUUACAUCUCGCUCCCCUUUCUCGUCGUCUUCUUGGUUUUGUGCCUCCUUCAAAAUAAAUAAAUAAAUUUUUAGAGAUAUUUUCCUGACCUGAAAGCGAAUUGGCCCUUGUUGCCGUGAGCUGAUUAUUAGAAGGACCAAUCGUAUAUUUAUAUACACCCCACAUACAACCACGGACACUCAGGCACGCACACCUACAUACAUUCCCACGUACAAUUUUUUUUCAGCGUGGGGGGAGCUGAGAUGAUGGAAAGGAUAAGAAAAGAGAUGAUUUUGAUGGAAAGGGGGCUGCACAGCCCCACGGCUGGCAAACGGCUGGCCAAUCUGACCGAGGCGGCUGGCAACGCAGUCCUGGAGGCCCUGGAAAACUCGCCCCACGGCGGCCGGCUCAGCCCGAGACUAACUUCCGCUUCUCUGCACAGCUCCAUCGGGGACCUCCCCGCCGCCAAAGGGAAAUUCGAGAUCGACGCUUUAUUCAGCCUUCAGCACCAGAACAGCGAAAGCGCCGUAGCGGCAGAGCUGCCUCCCGCCGAAAGCCGGAAGAAAAUUAGCCAUUACUCAGAAGUGGCUGCAGAGGCAGACAUGAACAGCGACGUGGAGGUAGGCUGCUCCGCGCUUCGCUCGCCGGGUAGCCUGCCCUCCUCCCUGAAGGAAAGCAAUAACAAAGGCUAUUCGGAGAGCAGUUCGACUCCGAGCACCACCAGCUCGUCCUCAGGAUCCACACUGAACAACUUGCACAGCGGAAGCAACCUGAGCACUUCCAGCUCCGGGGCCGAUCAAGUGAGGAGGUACCGCACCGCCUUCACCCGGGAGCAGAUCGCCCGGCUGGAAAAGGAAUUCUACCGCGAGAACUACGUCUCUCGGCCUAGACGGUGUGAGCUGGCCGCCGCGCUCAACCUUCCCGAGACUACCAUAAAGGUGUGGUUCCAGAACCGGCGAAUGAAGGACAAGCGGCAGAGACUGGCCAUGUCCUGGCCCCACCCGGCGGACCCCAGCUUCUACACCUACAUGAUGACCCACGCGGCAGCCACGGGUAGCCUGCCUUACCCUUUCCACUCCCACGUGCCCCUCCACUACUACCCGCACGUCGGGGUGACGGCGGCGGCGGCGGCGGCGGCCGCAGCCUCCGGAGCAGCCGCCUCACCCUUCGCCACCUCCAUCCGCCCGCUGGACACCUUCCGCGCCCUCUCGCACCCUUAUUCCCGCCCGGAGCUGCUGUGCAGCUUCAGACAUCCGGGCCUCUACCAGUCGCCCGCCGCCGCCGCCGCCGCGGGGCUCAACAGCAGCGCGGCGGCUUCCGCGGCGGCGGCGGCAGCGGCGGCAGCGGCGGCGGCGGCCGCCUCCUCGGCUCCGCCCACCGGCUCCGCCCCUUGCUCCUGUCUCAGUUGCCACAGCAGCCAAUCGGCGGCGGCGGCGGCGGCGGCGGCCCUGGGCUCGCGCUCCUCCAGCUCGGAUUUCCCCUGCAGCGCGGCGGGAGCCGCGGUGGCCGCUUCGCAGCGCUCGGAGAGCAGCUUCCUGCCUUACUCGGCGGCCGUGCUCAGCAAGACGGCCGUCCCCUCCCCGGACCAGCGGGAGGAGGCUCCCUUGACCAGAUAACCGGCCACCCCCGGCGGCCUCCGGGGCUCUGUUGGGCCGGGGUGGCCCGGGGCAGGAGCGAACCGUUGGGGACGAGGUGGGACGGGAGGGCCGUAGCUGA